AUGGAGGGUGGCUAUGAGCACCAUAUGCUUCUUCCAGGGCAAAGGUUUUGCCCCAUGGAGGAUGAACUACUCAUGUACUACCUUAAGCCCAAGGAAAGAUUUGAAGCCGAAAGAACGGACGAUUUGAGAAGGAACAAAGACCUCUACUUCUUCACCAAGAAGAAGAAGGUGAGUGCAAAAGGGUCACGCACAUACAGAAAAGUAGGGCGCGGUACAUGGAAGGGCCAAGACGCAGCCAAGAAGAUAUAUCUUGUUGAUGAUCAGAAUCAGCAACAAACAAGAACUCUUCUUGGUUUCAAGAAAACCUACACUUACAGGAAUGAAAAGCCCGUGCAUCAUGGUGACUGGAUCAUGUAUGAAUACGAACUUGAUGAGUCUCAAUUCAUGAACAAGAAACAACUAAAACAGAAUCGGUACGUUCUUUGUUUACUCAGAAAGAACGAUGUAUUGCCGGAAAAGAAGAGAAAGAGGCAGCAAGAAGAAGAACAAGAAGAUGAGGGGAUUGAAGACUAUGUCGAGAAUAAUGACGAAGGGGAUAACAUGGAACCUGAAUCAGUUAUUGAGGAGCCUCAAGAGAAACGUCAACGUCUUGUUCCACGCACUAACAAUGUGGCAGGAGCAUCAUCAUCAGAGGACGCGUACGUCGCUGCUGAACUAGAACAAUGGAUUGACUUCGACCAACAAUACUAUAACCCACACCACCGCCAUUAG